AUGGCGGUGGGGAUGCUGUCUGGGGCUGGAGCAGUGUGCUGGAUUUGCACAAAAAGCGAACCCAGAUGGAUAUAACGGAAACAUGAAAACAUUGCUAUCUCUUUUCCUCGAGGUCUGGACUCUUUUAGGGUUGUUUAACUAGAGUCUACUGCCAUUUUUACCGGUAGAAACCCGGGCUUCUUGUCGGGGAUUCAAAGACUACAUCGCUAGCUCAGCUUAUAGACAGGGUGGGAGUAAAAAGUGGACAAAAAUGUCGGAUUCAAAGGUAAAAGUUGCAGUGAGAGUUCGGCCCAUGAACCGCAGGGAAAUUGAACUGAAUACAAAAUGUGUUGUGGAAAUGGAAGACAACCAAACAGUUCUGCACCCACCACCCUCAAAUGCAAAAGGAGACAACAGAAAACAAUCUAAGGUGUUUGCUUUUGACCACUGUUUCUGGUCCAUGGAUGAGUCCAACGUUCCUAAAUAUGCUGGUCAAGAGGUGGUGUUCAAGUGCCUUGGAGAGGGAAUACUUGAAAAUGCAUUCCAGGGAUAUAAUGCCUGCAUAUUUGCCUAUGGACAAACAGGUUCAGGCAAGUCCUUUUCGAUGAUGGGGAAUGGGGAGCAACCGGGUUUAAUCCCUCGACUAUGCUGCUCGCUGUUUGAGAGGGUCCACAAGGUGGAAAACGAGGGCCAUACUUUUAAGGUGGAGGUGUCCUACAUGGAGAUAUACAACGAGAAGGUCCGUGACCUCCUCGAUCCUAAAGGGGGCCGACAUUCCCUUAAAGUCCGGGAACACAAAGUCCUGGGUCCUUAUGUGGAUGGCUUGUCUCAGCUGGCUGUGACCAAUUUUGAGGACAUUGAGGUGUUAAUGUCAGAGGGGAACAAAUCCCGCACAGUUGCAGCCACCAACAUGAACGAGGAGAGCAGUCGAUCACAUGGCGUCUUCAGUAUUAUUGUCACACAAACACUUUUUGAUCUAAAGUCUGGGAAUUCAGGAGAGAAAGUGAGCAAGCUGAGUCUUGUCGACCUGGCAGGAAGUGAGCGAGUGUCCAAGACUGGAGCUGCUGGAGAGAGACUCAAAGAGGGCAGCAAUAUUAACAAGUCCCUCACCACGUUAGGCUGUGUGAUUUCUGCUCUGGCUGAUCAGUCUGCAGGAAAGGGGAAGGCCAAGUUUGUGCCAUACAGAGACUCCGUCCUCACUUGGCUACUGAAGGAUAACCUAGGCGGAAACAGCAAGACAGCCAUGAUAGCCACUGUGAGUCCAGCAGCCGAUAACUAUGAGGAGACGCUGUCCACACUACGCUAUGCCGACAGAGCUAAGAGAAUCGUCAACCAUGCCGUUGUGAACGAAGACCCUAACGCUCGUAUCAUCAGAGAGCUCAGGGAAGAGGUGGAGAAGCUCAAAGUUCAACUCUCUCAGGCCGAGUCACUGAAGGCCCCUGAACUGAAGGAGAAACUGCACGAGUCUGAGAAACUCAUUCAGGAGAUGACUGUCACCUGGGAGGAGAAACUAAGAAAGACAGAGGAGAUUGCCACUGAGCGUCAAAAGCAGCUGGAGAGCAUGGGCAUCUCCCUGGAAACAUCAGGGAUUAAAGUGGGGGAAGACAAGUGUUUCCUGGUCAACCUGAAUGCAGAUCCUGCCCUCAAUGAGCUACUGGUCUACUACCUGAAGGAGCACACGCAUGUGGGCGCAGACACGUCUCAGGACAUCCAGCUCUUCGGUAUCGGUAUCCUGUCGGAGCACUGUUUCCUGGAGCUUUGCCCGGACGGUGAUGUCACCCUCUCGCCCAUUGGGAAUGCCAGGACCUGUGUUAACGGAACAAUGAUUGAUUCUUUGGUGCACCUGUGGCAUGGAGAUCGGAUCUUAUGGGGCAACAAUCACUUCUUCAGGAUUAAUCUGCCUAACCGAAAGCGGCGGGACCGUUUAAAGGAGUUGGAUAGAGCUUCCCCGAGAGAGAGCUUCAUCGAGGCAGAUGUGGAGACCGCCAGCGAGGCCUCCUCUGAGCAGGACUAUAGCUAUGAGUUUGCCCAGAUGGAGGUCAUAAUGAAGACUCUGGGGAACAAUGACCCCAUGCAGAAUGUGGUCCAGGUUCUGGAGAAGCAGUACAUAGAGGAGAAGCGGACGGCGCUUGAAGAGCAGAGGGUGAUGUACGAACGAGAGCUGGAGACGCUACGGCAACAGCUGUCUCCUGAAAAAAAUCAACAACAACACCACCGCAGCAGCAGUGAGCGCCUUACAUUCCCGACACACACACCGCACGGCAAACUGCGACUGUGGACAGAGGAACGGGAUGAGCUUUUUCGUCAGAGUCUCUCCCGACUCAGGGAGCAGGUUGUGAAAGCCAACACCUUGGUGCGAGAAGCCAACUUUUUGGCAGAGGAGAUGAGCAAACUGACGGACUAUCAGGUCACCCUUCAGAUUCCUGCGGCCAACCUCAGCGCCAACCGCAAGCGUGGAGCUAUAGUGAGCGAGCCGGCCAUUCAGGUGCGGAGAAAGGGGAAGGGGACCCAGGUGUGGACCAUUGAGAAGCUGGAAAACAAGCUGGUCGAUAUGAGAGACCACUACGGGGACUGGAGGGAAGGCACAGAAGAGCUGUAUAACAAGGCAAACAGUAAAUACUGUGACCCAUUCUAUGAGGCACAAGAGAACCACAACCUGAUAGGAGUGGCCAAUAUUUUCCUAGAGUGCCUUUUUCAUGAUGUCAGACUUCAAUAUGCAGUCCCCAUCAUCAGCCAGCAGGGAGAGGUAGCAGGCAGGUUGCAUAUUGAGCUGAUGCGGGUGAGUGGAGCUGUACCAGAGCGCCUGUCAGGGGGAGACGACUCGUCAGAGAACUCCAGCGAGAGUAGCUGCUAUGAGGUGAUGGACACCAACGGGGAGAUCGUCCAUAUGGCUAAGAGGCUCACCUGCAGGGUGCGGAUCAGAGAGGCCACAGGUCUGCCGCUCAACCUGUCCAACUUCGUCUUCUGUCAGUACACCUUCUGGGAGCACGGUGAGCCCACUGUGGCUCCUCCCAUGGUCAGUCCAGACAGUCCUUCCCCUCGAAGCCCAGAGGCCCAGUUUAUUGUCCAGUUUGACCACUGCAAGGACUACGUUGUGCACGUGACAGAUGAGUUUUUAGAGUUUAUAUCAGAUGGAGCUUUGGCCAUAGAAGUGUGGGGUCACCGCUGUGCCGGGAACGGAGUUUCGCUGUGGGAGUUAGAUGCACUGGAAGCUAAGACCCAGACACUCCGAGACAGGUGGAGUGAGGUGUCUCGCAGGAUCGAGCUGGUGAUAUCCAUCCAGGAGCUGAAUGAGCUGGGGGAGUACUCAUCUGUGGAGCUGCAUCCAGGAAAAGAUAUCAGCACAGGGGGAGUCUUCCAACUCCGACAGGGUCACUCCAGGAGGCUGCAGGUGUGUGUGAAGCCGAUCCAAAACUCGGGCACCCUGCCUCUGCUGGUGGAGGCUCUGCUGUCUGUGUCUAUCGGCUGUGUGUCAGCUCGCUGCACCAAACUUCAGAGACCACUGGACAGCUACCAGAGAGAGGAGGAAGACGAUAUGGAUAGUUAUCAGGAGGAAGAUCUCAACUGUGUUCGAGAGCGCUGGUCAGAGGCCCUGAUCAAGCGUCGGGAAUACCUAGAUGAACAAAUCAAGAAGAUCAUCAACAAACAAGAGAAGUCAGAAGAGGAUAUUGAGCGUGAGGCAAGGCUUGUGGAGCAGUGGGUUGGCCUGACUGAAGAGAGGAACGCAGUGCUGGUACCUGCUCCUGGCAGUGGCAUCCCUGGAGCUCCUGCAGACUGGACCCCACCAGCAGGAGUGGAAGCGCACAUCCCUGUACUCUUUCUGGAUUUAAAUGCUGAUAAUCUGAUGGUGAAUGAGCAGCUGACUGGCCCACAUGCGGCAGGCGUUAACUCUAUCCUGCCCAAGGAGCAUGGGAGCCAGUUCUUCUAUCUGCCCAUCAUCAGGCACAGCGAUGAGGAGGUGUCGGCAGUGUGUUCCUGGGACUCCUCCAUCCAUGACUCUGUGCACCUCAACCGCAUCACGUCUCCUAACGAACGCAUUUACCUGAUCGUCAAAGCCACGGUGCAGCUCAGCCACCCUGCCUCCAUGGAGCUGGUGCUCCGCAAGAGGAUCGCUGUCAACAUCUACAACAAACAGAGUUUCACUCAGAGUCUCAAGAGAAGAAUGUCCCUGAAGAAUGCGCUAUUUUCCUGUGGUGUGACUUAUGAGAUAGUUUCCAACAUACCAAAGGCCUCAGAGGAGCCGGAGGAAAGGGAAACAUUGGCCCUUAUGGCUGCUCGUGGUGACAGCGAGGAGACUCAGGAUGGAGAAACCUACAUAGAGAAGUACACAAGGGGAGUUCUGGAAGUAGAGAACAUCCUUAGUCUGGAGAGGCUACGACAGGCUGUCACAGUAAAGGAAGCACUCACCAACAAGGGAAGACACCUAAGAAGGAGUAUCAGCACACCAAAUUCUUCAUGUAGUAAAACAGACCUGACCGGUUGUGAGGAUGAAGACUGUAAGGACCACUGUGAUCAUGUGGACAGCACCAACUGCAAUCCCCCGGAUGGCUCAUUUUGUACAACACCAAUCAAAAGCAAGGAGAAUCCAGGUUUUGUUCCAGAGAGCCCUACGUUUUUCAACUCCAGCCCCUUCAAAGUCCUCUCCCCUCAGCCACCGAAGUUCCUCAAGUCCCUGCUUCCUGUCAAAGAGGAGAACAAAGCAAAGAAAGUCCUGGAGGCCCGGCCGCUGCUGGGACAGGAGAGCAUGCGCUCAUGUGUGGACAGCCCUGCACUGCUCCCCCCUCCCUGCCCCUGGCACCGGCCCAGGGCAGGCAGCGAGGGCCACUGCACGCCUUCCACCCUCACCCCCACCUCCACCUCCACCACUCGCACUCCUUCUCAGGACUCUGAGGAUGAGGAUGUGGACAUGUCUCUGAAUCUCGAUCGCAGCCGUCAGCACCACAGCAGCUUCCAGCCUUACAUCCCGGAGGACUUUGCAAACUUUGAGAUCUACAACGCAGCUCUGGAGAACCAGGAGGGGUUUCUAUCAUUCCGGUCUGACUUGAAGGGAAGCCGGUGUGGAGCUGGGAGUGGAGAAAGGGAGGUUCCUCGAAGCCCCACAGCCAGCAGUUGCACUAGUGGCUACUUUUCACACAGUGCCUCCGACGCUACGCUGUCCGACAUGCCUUUCAGUGCCAGUGAGAGCUCUGACCACCUCAGCGGCACCUCCAGAGACCCCAACGACCCUCCAGCCUGCCCUUCUGGAAGAGGCUGUACCCAAACCAAAAGUGUUUCUGCAGGGGGUGACAUCCAACAGCCUCCUCUCUCAACAGAUGGGGAUCAGGAUCCCGCCUCCCCACCUUUCAGUACUCAUUGCAAAGAGAAGCGCCAAACAUUCCCUUUGCCUGACAACUGUGUGCUCAGCAGCAGCCAGGAGUUCACUGACUUUAAAGGGGCUGAUGACAGUAUUGGAGAUAGUGAUUUAGCACAUUUCACACAGAGAUGGGAGCAGGAGGGUUUGGAUAAAAAAACAUGUGACACUGACAGUCAACCCUCCUCUGAUGUCUCUAGUAUUAUCAACACUUUUGUUUCUGAAGACAUAUCAACUGCUACAUGCACAUUUCCAAAUAAUACUGGCAAUGUAAGUAUAGCCAGAGCCCCAGUAUCUGUGCCUGACAAAGCCCCAUCUACAGCAUCAGCUUCCCGAGUCUCACCUUUAUCUACACCCCCGUGCUCUGCCCCGUGCUCUGCCCCGCCUCUGCGAGCAGGAGGAGAACCUCCACUAGAAGAGCCGGCUCAGGGAGAUCUGCCCCACGGGAGUCCCUGUCCCAGUCCAAACCCCAGCAGCGCAGAGCCCUCAGGAGACUCCAGCGGGGAUGAGAGCACCCCUGCAGCUCAGCUCCCUGACUGGAUGGCCCCUGGGGAGCAGGUGUGGGUGGGGAAGAGAAAGGGAACGGUCCAUUAUGUCGGAGGGGUGGAGUUUGCUAAGGGGAUCUGGAUUGGUGUGAAGCUUGACAUGGCAGUGGGUAAGCACAACGGGACUGUCCAGGGCAGGGUGUACUUCCGCUGCCCCCCAGGUCACGGUGUGUUUGUGAAGCCAUCUCGUCUCAACAGAGGGCCGCCCUCCAUGGACACAGAACCCCAGACUCUGAUCAGAUAGGACCCAAUGAAAGACCAUCUUUACUGAGGAAAGGAUUGACCUGAGGGUGGUCAUCAGAUCACGUGCCUGACUCUUCUUCUUGUUAUGGAGAUGUAGUCUGUGGACGUAUGCGCUUUCCUAAAUGCAUUUAAUGAAGGUAUAUCCAGAAUACUGUUCACUGAAAAUUCACUAUGCACAUAUCUGAGUUUUCCAUACAUGGAUAUAUUUUGAUAGAAAACACUUUUAACUGGGAGGCCAUGUGGAAAUAUUACCCACAUGCAUUUUCUUAUGUUUUUUUCUAAACAUUAUAUAUGAUAUUUUUGUAAGACAGACAAUGCAUCCUCUCUGAUGCUCAUAUUGGAGUUAUGUGGGUUAUAAGGAUAAAGAAUGUACUACUGGUUAAACAUUGAUAUUUACAUCAAUAUGAUCUGUCAGGGGUAACCAAAGAACUACGGUUCCAUAUCUGCUGUUAUAAGUAAUAUGUUGUUGUUUUUUUAACGUGUGUAUGUGGAGGCAAACACUAAAAACUAUGUGUCCAAGUUAAGCUUAGUGCCAUAUCUGUAGGAGUAAUGCCACAUACCCUGAACAGAGGACUAAUCUGCUAAAACUGACUGCAGUUAUCAUGUUAAAUGAUCCUGUUGAAGUACUGUUAACACUGUGGUGGAAAUAAUCCCCAUCCAGCAUGAGAAUGAUGCUGUUUGAAAGCUUGCACUGGAAAGGAUUCUUGGAGAGUUUGCUGACUGUCUUCCAUAUCGGACUGAUGAGGUAUUUUAUAUCCGAAGUGACUGAGAAAACCCUGUGUGAUUACUUUAAUCAGGGGAGCCAAGGCCUGGAUGUACUGAUGCCUUAAUGCCCUGUUUCCAUAAAGGCAGGCACAUAAACCCCAGACAGCUCAAUGAACUCUAGUAUAUGUUCACUGAGUUUUAAACAAACUAUCUGUAUGGACCUGAAACCUGUGUAUGUAUAUCCUAAUUCCCAGAGGCAUUAAAAAUGCCACCCAGCCUCGCUGACUGACUGAAGACCUUUUUAAUUGAUUGCCUAUCUGCAUUUUAUAUGUUAACUGACUGUUAUAUAACACUACAUGUAGAAAGGUACUAAAUAAUGCUUAUUUUUCACAUGGAGGAUUGGAUGAAUGGGUAAUGGACCGUAUCAAAAUAGUUUAGUUUUAAGAAGAGCUGACCUUAUUUUUAUGGAAUUGGUGGACUGUGGAACUGACUAGAAAUAGUUUAUAUAUCCAAGCUGUAAUGUCAGGUAAAUGAAACAAACCCAAGACCUUACUUUAAAGAAGAGAACAAAGCUGCUCUCCCUCGAAAGGAGUUGUAAAUAGAAAUGUAUUUGAACAUAGUAUUUACACUAUUAUAAUGUACAGAAUUGUAUUUAUAAUGUAUCGCAAACUGUUUUAAUUGGUACAUAAUGUUCUAGAAUAGAACAUUUACAAUCAG